UCAACUUGCCAAACUCGUAGGGCACACAUCUGUUUCCACGUUGGAAAAUUUACACACAAAAACAAAUACAAAAUACAAAUACAAAAUACAAAUACAAAAUACAAAUACACAUUAAGCUUUAAACACAAGCAACAUGAUUAUCCCGGAGGUGGAUAUGCUGUCGGUGUCGAAGAACAGUCGCGUUCAGCGUCGCGCGAUCGUGGGCUAUGUGCUGCCUGGCCUCAAGCUGGUGGACUACGGCGCCAUCGAUCGCAUUGAUCGGUACUAUUUGGACUGCCAGGACUAUCGCGACUACUACCGUGAUCCGCAUGGCAAAAUGCCCAAGCCGGAGCGGUUCCGCCAGUAUCAGGGCAAGUGCGGCGUCAAGUUGGACAAAUCGUUUGGUGCUUUGAUGUUGCCACCUGCGUGGCAUGAGGAGCGCAAGCCCAUUGUCUAUCCCGUGCCCUAUGGCCUCCAAAUGGACAUGCACAAGAGCUACAGGACCCUGUUGAUGGGCACCCACAAUUGCAACACACACACGGCAUUCAAGCGUUAGUUGGACUCGGAGGGAAUACUCUUCGACUACGGAUGAUGAUGAUGAUGACUUUGGACCAUGGAAUGGAUAAACAUUUAGACGGAGUAAUUAAAUAUUUCCAGUCUAAUUCUCU